AUGCCUCAGCCUCUGUCUGCACCAACAUGGGAUAAGCCUAGACCGAACCUCGCCAGCAUGCCGAACGAGAUCCUCCGCAGAAUCAUCGACUUAGCAGUCCCGCAGGCUUCGCACUGUCUCUCGGUCAAUGUUGACUACGAAUCAGAUCCCCCGCGCCGCCCCACGCGUCGCCGCGUCGAGUUCCUCUGGCACGAUUCCUCAGACAUCAGUGUUCUUUUCGUCACAAAGGCAAUCUUCCAGGUCACACGGGCCAUUCUGUUCGAACGCGCUACGUUCAAAUUUCCGGAUGGUGCUUGGGCCAACUUUGUCAGCCACGCCAUCCACUUCGAGCUGGAGAUCGAGAUCUGUAUCAGGGACGGAUUGGCGCCUGGUAGCAAAACUCUGGGUUACGUACGCUAG